AUGGCUAAGCGUUUGCGGUCGUUAGCUUCGAUCCUAUGGGAUUCUGAUGGAGAUGUUCACCUAGAAUCAACCACUGGAAAGUCCACAGGAUGUGCUAUCAAACUGCAAGAGCUUGAGAAGGAGAAUUCCAACUUGAGAGAACAGGUUGCCCUUUUAGAAGCCCAGAUCAAUGUAUUGAAAACGCCAAGGCCAUCUCCCCCACUGCUGUGUCCUCUCGGAUCGCGCUCGGAUCUUCUCAGUGCCUGGCCAGAUCAAGAGUGGCUGAGGCAUCUUGGAAAUGAGAUACUUGAGUUGCCUCGUCUACGGAAUGAGAUUCUACCCCUUUUGGAUGAGACCAACAAUGCUAAGGGCUGUAUCCUUUUCCAGUUGUGCAAAACAUCGAGGGCUAGUGCAGUUCUCCAACACUCUGAUCGAUGUGUCCGAGACUUGUUCAGUAGACAUCCAGCUGUGUACAAAGUGGGUAUCACGUCCAAUCCGGUUAAGAGGUGGACCCACCCAAACUAUGGCUAUGUCAAUGACAAACGAGAAGGCUGGUUGGGCAUGAAGAUCAUAGCUAUCGCUGACACUUCCUUCAGCGCUGCUUUGGUUGAGAGCUUCUUAAUUCAUCAGUUUCAAGGAUCACCAGGUAGCAACAGUCUUCUAUCAGGGGAAAGAGUGCUACAGGGACAACAGGUGAAGUGUGAACCUGACAUUGAAGCCAUGGAAGCAGAGAUGCAGGACCUAUGCUGCCAUCGCUUUGCUGAGCUUGAGCGUCAACGAGCACUGUAUUCACCAGCGCAGGGUGAUGGUGGACCAUCUCGUGGGGGCCACCCCACUAUGUUUUCUGCCACAACCCCGGGCAAGGUUCUGAAGAGAGCCUGUCUGAAUGGAAAAACUCCAGAAAGGAAAACCCUGUUUGAGUCACCCCUCCAUGCUGUCCUUGAAGGGGAUGCUUCGUUGAAGGACGCAGAACGAGCUUCGGGUAGCCUGGGACAAACGGGAGAGGCACCGGAUGAGACACAACCAGGGUUUGACGAGUCGUUGGAGAGUGCCAACCAACAAGUUGGUGAUGAAGCUGCACGGAAACGUCUGGCUCGCAUGAUUUACGAUGAAUGGAAGAAGGGUGGUGCUGGCAGAACCCGUCUCCAAGAACUGCUUCAGUCGUUGAAUUUCAACAAGGAGGAAUUCAUCAAGCACGUUACCCAGGAGGUGGAGAGUCGCCAAAGUGUCAAGAUGCGCAUCAAGGGUCAAUGGGCUACAGAGGACAAGAUGCGUGAUGUGCUAAAGCUGAAGGAAUGGGACAAGUACGAAUCAAAAUUGGCAUUUUGGUUUGAAGAGGAUGUGGAAGCGGAAUGGGAGACUUCCAAAACCCAGACCCGACGAGAGCAAACCGAAUUCGGAGUUGAGACCACGGCCGGUGAUGCGCUGGGUGAAGAGCCAUCCAAUCCAACCUUUGAGAUGGCUGACAUCCGUGGUGCAACAGCAGGAUGGGGUGGAAGCUCUUCGAAUGGUGGAGGCGGUCCUCCACCCCAGGAAUUGAAGGCCAAGUAUGAUGCGAUUCCAGAGGACCAACGCACAAACACCCACAACGCGUUCAUCGAGAAGUUGAGGGUCAGUGGAGAGAGCAUGGAGCUGAAACAGAACAAGAUCAAUGAUAUUUACUCCAGUGGGGCUGUUGAGGGCUACAGUGAGGAGCAAGAGAGGCAGCUGAUGGUGUGCUACAAGGAAGCCAUGAAAUUGCCCAUGCCUCAAGUGUUCUUUACUCGAGGGGCUUCGGCAGCUCGAUUGCGGAGGUUUGCCCAUAGUGCAAUCCUUGAAGCGAAUGAUCAAGGGUCCAAUCACAUUUCCGCGGCCAUCAGAAAAGCUGGCCGCAUGACAGUUGAGAAUCUCAAGAACUCAGAGAGGGAUCUACAUCGCUUGUUUGAAGAAGAACAACUUAGCAUCCCUGUGAAGCUUAGCAUUUUCCGGGUUGGCUUGCUUCAAGUGCACCACAUCAAGCUCAAAACCUGGUUCGAGUUCUUACUUCAUGACUAUCCUCAAGUCGUGCUUGGUGGCUUUGAGAAAGAUGACCCAAGGAGCAAGUUACUGUUGGAAGCUUUUUGGUCUACCUUCCGGAUUGCACACAGCGACCACUGGGUGUACGAUUACCACUCAGACUCCCUCAACAAGUGUGUGCCCUACUACUUACACUUGGACGAAGGCACAGGUUUGAGAAAAAGAGCAGUCCUUAUCUAUAACAUGCAACCGUUGUUUGGAGCUGAAACCAAGAACAACUUCGAAGAACUGUUUUCCAGCACUUCUGACCGGUCUGAUUUGGAGAUGCAACGAGUGAUGCUGAAAUCCCAGGCGCACAACCAGCGUGGUUCCCCAUUCAUGUCCAGGUUUCUUUUGACAAUACUGCCUAAGCGCUGGUACACGAAGGGCUUUGCUCGCGUGUAUGAUGACAUCCUCAACCUCUUGGCAUCUGAGAGUAGAUCUCUCUCCGAGGAUGGUGCAGCUGAUUUUUUUCCCAUCUGCUUGGGGAUUAAGGGCGAUGCACCUGCUCUUGCAAAAGCCGCUCAUGCAAACCGGUCCUUUAUGAGCCUGAGGAUUUGCUUGGAAUGUCUCGCGGGCCUGGAUGAAGCCCCCUUUGAACAGAUCAGCAAACAUCCAGCUUGGAAAGCCACGGCAGGUUUAGAGAAUCCUUGGGACGAGGGAUUUCCAUCCCCUUUGCUGCAAAUAGGUCACAGGCAGUUUGCUCCGCACUUGCUGUUCAGGAAGGACCCAUUCCACAUUUUCAAGCAAACGAUAGGAGGCCAUUUUGUAGCUUCCAGUGUCAUCUUACUCUGUGACCUGGGAUACUUCAUUGGAGAAGGGGGAUCCUCAAUGGCUGAGAAACUCCUUGAGGCUGCAUGCGUUGACUACACCUUCUACAUCAAGCACGAGUGGGAUGGAUCCCAUGUCUCCAAUUUGAAGUCGUUUACGAAAACAAUAUUUCACUGGGCCAAAGUUGGGUCCUUCCCUUACUUGCGCAUCAAGGGAGGAGACAUCAUGUUGAUGCUGAGGUGGAUCUGUCGAUUGCUUCAGGAAGGUUGUUUGGAUGAGACCACGAACAAGAGACCAAAGCAAAGCCUCCUUGAUCACCCUCUUGAUCCUACACACGCUCCGCUCUUGAGGGCUGUGCUGAAGGGAUGCUUGGGAGGACUGCAGUUCUUUCAUUUGCUGCACCGGAAUGGUGUAUGGCUUGAUCAAGCCCUUGCUGGGGCUGCAGCUUCUGCAAGCUAUGAUUUUUGUGCAUCCUAUCGGGAUCUAGCUCGUAUGGCUCAUCACUUGAGGCUUAGAAGGUUCAAUAUGGAACCUUCUCUUCAUUAUUUUCAUCACUACCCCAUCGACAUAUGGGAGCGACUCGAGCAGGGAGAUGAAUGG